AUGGCAGACCAGCAGGAGGCUGACAAGUUAGCAAUCAUAGCUAGAGCUCAAGUAAAUGUGCAAAAUGAUAUUCAAAAAGUACAACAUCCAAAGCUUGAGGAUAAAGACUUAAGAGACGAUGAGUUGCUAAACCCUGGUAACCCAAGGCAUGUAGAGCAAAUAGCUGCUCCAAUACAGUGUAAUGCUAACAAGAAUAGUCCAUUUCUAGGAAGGGAGAAUAUUGGCUCAUGUAUGGCGAUUACCACUAGAAGUGGCAAGAUAUUACUUGGUCGUUCUGUGGGAAAAAGUAGAGUUGAAAAUGUGAUUGAAGUAGAUGGUGAGCUUGAAAAAUAUAAUUUAGUGGAGUCUAAAAGGAUGGAUGGCAUUGAUAUCCCUUCCAAUCAUCAGAAGGUUGAUGAGUUAGAAAAAGGGAAAGAGAAGGAAAAGAAAUUAGUGGACCUUGUGACGAAGAAAAGAGCGGUGAGCUAUGAACUGGAGCAUAAUCUCCAUCAUUGUAGCGCUAUUUCUACGAGUUCCUUAGUGCAGAAGAAGGCAGACCCAGGAGCAUCCAGUAUUCCAUGUACAAUCGGGUCUCUCAAUUUUGCUAAGGCCCUAUGUGAUCUGGGGGCGAAUAAAUUUAAGCCACUAGCCACAUAUAAAAAGCUGGAUUUAGGGGAUCCUACCCUGACAAACAUACGGUUGGUGAUGGCGGAUAGGUCUAUAAAGCGGCUAGUAGGAAUAUUACAUGAUGUAUCGAUAAAGGUGGCCGACUUUAUACUUCCUGUUGAUUUUUUAGUCCUAUACUAUGAGGUGGAAUUUGAAGUACCCAUCAUUUUUGGUAUACCAUUCACUACAAUUGGAAAAGUUGUAGUGGACAUGGAGCUGCAUGAGCUGAAGUACAAGUUUAAUGACAAAGAAACAACAUUCAAAAUGCAUUCAUCCAAGACACAGUAA